AUAGCUUUGCAACUAACAUAUAGUAAGCAACCAGUCAAUAUGAAAGUGAAUUUUUAGUUAAAUUGUCGGCAACUGUGGGGAGGUGGCCUCGGGCUGGUCAAAAUGUCAUUUGUUGUGACGAACCAGAGCGUAAUCCGAUUUGGUAGCACCAAGGAGGAGGACGACUUUGAGCGGACAUUGAUGUUUUUCAAUAUCGAUAUAUCAACGGGGGGCGACCUGAGCUGCGACCAUCGAAACGAGAUUAUCUCGGCAAGGACCUUCGAUGGGAAUAGAAAGCCACGCAAUCCCGGUGGUGGAAGCAACUCUCGGAUUAAGGAAAGUGCGAUGUCGUUUGGCCAGCCAAACAAAUUCUUUGCUCAAAGUCAAAAUAGUUUAGAAGAUUUUGGAUGUAGUUUGAGGCAACAUGGAAAACGCUUUUCGGGAGGAAAAAGGGACAGUUCCGACUUUACGGAGAGUCGCAGCCACUUUUACUACCAUUCGAAUAAGCCCAAAAAGAUCUAUCAUUCGGACAAAAAAACAAGCUUCCAACAGCCUACUCGUGAUUAUAACACAAACAUCAACCCAGAGGAUGAUACCAAUAUGGCCGGGAAUGCCAGAAAUAUUUUUUCAUCGAGAAUUUAUCGGGCACACACUGACACUUAUAAUCAAUUGGCUUUGAGUCCCUCUAUUUCCAAUCAUGGAAACUAUAGAAAUUGUGAUUCUAGAAACGACUAUUCCCCCGAAUACUACUCACAUAUGAAGGACUUCCCACAAGCCGACUCACCUCUGGAAAGUUUAUCUUCUUACCCAAACGACCCUCGCGAAAUAGAUUAUAGAAGAUACCAUGGAACGCCGCUGCCCAGCAGGUCAGAAAUUCUUGGAAGACGAAACAAUCAUAGACAAAUUUCUGGAUCUAUGUCACCCGAAUAUCCACCAAAUUAUAACAGCUAUUUAGAGAAUCACGAUGACUUGGAAUACAAUAGACCCGAUUAUAACGGCGCCCGAUUAUAUAUAGAUGAAUACUUCGAUGAUCGAUGUGCAAAGGGCCACCGACACGAGGCAUGCGAUCAAUACGAAUAUCGCCCUGAUUACGAUUACUGCGAAGAACGACGCUCACCACUCCCAAUACCAAUUCAAAAACCUAAACAAUAUAGAAGAUAUAGAAAUCCCUCAACACCAUGUGCUAGACUGAGAGAGGAGUCUAAGCGAUCCCACAAGUUAGCCAAAUAUAAUAAGCCUGAAAUAAGCUACGAUGGCCAAGAUUCAGAUUCCAAAAGAUACGACAGUGAUGAAUUUCUUAAUUAUCAGAUAGACAAGACAGUUCCCGAAAAGUAUUUUCGGCACUUUAAAGAUGCCGAAGUGCCAUCCAGAAGACAUGAUAGAGUUUCAAGAGAAAUUGCUCGUCUAUCUUUCCCCAAAAACUACCAAUAUAACAUGGAGCCAAUGAAGAGAUUUAAUAGGCCAGGUAUUGCCAACCGAACUACUGAAAAAAUAGAUUGGUCGGAUAAAAAUACAGCAAGGAAUUCUAUUUGUGACUCUUUGAAGAAAUAUCCGCGGGAAUAUUUUCGCCAUCAGUCAAGGCAUGCACAGUUAGAGGAAGAACCUCGAUCCCGAAAUCUUUUGGGGACUGAAUCCGUGGUGUGUCCUAAUAGACCCGUGUUUCCCAGAGAAUACGACCGGCAUAAGAGGCGCAAGCAUCACAAAUUAAGGACUGAUCAAAAAAAGGUCGUUGACUUUGGACUUGGUCCUGGUUCUUACAUUGGUACCGAAAUACCACAUAGGAUUUUUGAAAAAACAAGGACGCCUUCGUCCAUAUUUUUUACCAUCGAGAUACCCUAUAAAAAAAAAGAAAACGGAAACUCACCGCCUUAUAAAAGUACGACUAGAAGACGGGACUCGGGUUGUGACACUAUUGCUCAAGAGUCGAUUUCUGCUUGCGAACUUAACACAGAACAUAAAAAAACAGGUUCUGCCUUCAAACUAAAUGCACCUGUGAAGUGGCAUAAAAAAAUGGAUAAAUUUGUAAAGCUCCGCCAAUCCUUUUUAGACAUGGAAAAGCAUGGUAAUCGCAAAACUAUUAAGCAGAAAAUCUCUAAGUUUUUUAAGAGGUCGAAAAUUUCUUUGAAAAGAUCGACUAUUUUGAAAAAUAAGGCCAAGGUCUUGAAUUCCUCCUGCAAGCCUUUUCAACGUCAUUUAGAUUUUGCUAAGCUUAGUAAUUUCGUCCUUCCCAAGCAAGAACAGAUUUUGUCGGCGAGUCCAAAUAUCAUAGAAGAAAAUGCCUUUACAAGUUCAAAUCGACAUAGAAAAAAAAGGGUUUCUCCAAGGAAUAGUAAUGAGUGUUUCUUUAAAGAAAAUGAAACUAGUCCGUUUAAGCACAACGAAAAUGCAUUCAAUCAGUAUUUUUGCAAAAAGGCAGGGGAAUCCAAAUAUCCCACCCUUUACAGAGGCAACUCGAAAAAAAAUACGGCCAACGAAGAAGAUGAUAACUACCAGGAGUACUCCAUGUAUAAUUUUUUGAGUGCAAGGCAUCGGUGCCACAGAAAUAGGCCCAAAAUAGAUAAAUAUGACCAAGGACUGAGCACUUGGAGAGAAGAAUACAUGAGAUCUAGAUUAGACAAGGUGGCUUUUCCACGGGUUUCUAGUGGGAGUUGCAGUUUGUACAGUGAAGGCAAGAAAAGUGAGGAUUCCCAUCGUAGCCAAAUUAACGUGUGCCUAACCAUUCGCGCUGAAGAGAUGAGUUUGUCCGGAAGUCCUAGAAUUAUUUCCUCUGAAGUGAUUCGAGGUUCCCGCCUAUCUAAUGAGGAUCUAAAAAUCGGCGUUUCCCAAUCGCCGAAUGAGUCAUUGGCGCGAAAAGAGAGUGGCAGCAAUGCCUUUCAAAGUGUGUGGAUUCCCACAAAUAGUUGCUUUUUCCGAUCUAACAGUUCCCAAAGUGGCUCCUCCAGGGCUACAAACGACAUAACUCCCUCGCCCGAAAGAAAAACUAUUGAGUCCUGUUCGAGGCCUCCUGGUCGAAAGUCCGCUCGCGGAAGGUCGUCGGACUAUUCCAACAGCAUUCGACCUCUUCGAGAAUCUUGUCACUCUGCGCUUAAUUCCAAUCGUCAAAAAUGCCAUUUCAAGCCAUCCCGACAGUGUCUGCGUCCUAGAGCGCAGUCCAAUUAUAACAGAAAGUCGAGUUUGAAUGAAGCUAACAAAAGCUGCGAAAAAGUCGUGCCACAAAAAAAAGUGUAUUUGGAUAAAAACACUUCGAAUUUUCUUCCAAAAAUUAGCUCUAUGUUGCCUUUUAGCGGUUGUCAGCAAUCCAAAAGCAUCAAUGCCAGUUUUGGAGGAUGCCAAAGUACAAAUGCCUGGCCGGGACAAAAACCAAGAAGAUGCUCAUCUGCACCUAUAAAAAGUCCCAUACAGCCGCGGCUCUUCUCACCAGGGACCGAUUCACCAUGCUCCCAGUCUAAUGUGAGUAAGGACUGUGGCUAUUGUAAUCGGAAAACGACUUCUCCAGAAAAUCUUCAACUUGUUUGUAUGGAUGAUCCCCAUGCCCUUCGAAGAAAUUGCAAUGGGUCGAAUACCAGCAGUUACACAAGCUGGCCUUGUCGGGAUAAUGCCGCAACAACGCGGGGCGACUUGUGUGUCCCCAAGCUGGGGCACGACAUGGAAAAAAAAUCCAAAUGCCAGCAGAGUGUUGUGGAGGAACUGAAACGGGAACUAUUGCUCAGUUUCAGGCAGGAUGAGACACUCGAAGACCAAAGACACUGCUUCCGACCCACACCCUUCAUGCUUCUUCCCUACGUUCCCGAUUCCAUGCACCAGCCCAAUGGACAUCUGACUUCAACUUCCCUUUGUGGCCCUGAACCUGUGGUCUGCUGGGCCCCAUGCUCCAACCCACAGGCUCAUUUUUGAGAAUUUCAAGUAGCCCGUGCCUUGGAUACGAGUCUCCAGCACAUUAACAGGUUCUGAUGCGAAAAAUAACCAACAAAAAUACCCCAAACAGAAGCCGCCAUACCUUGGUAAAAAAAAAAUUUUAAGUAUACUUCGUCUA